AGAGUGCGUCGGGAGCGGGCGCCGAGGCUCGAGCCACGGGACCCGAGCGAAGGCCGCGCCGAGGCCGCUGGGCCCCGUCGGGCCGCCCUAGCCGCCGCCAUGGGCAAUCCAGUUCAGGGAGAAGGUACUGUGGACUGCUAUAACUCUCUUCAUCUUCUUAGUAUGUUGUCAGCUGGAGCCCAAGGAAACCCAAGAAGAAGAAACAUAACUGGAGUUAUAUUUCUUAAAGUGUGACAUUUCUCACGACUGUUACAUGCCAUAAAUUAAUAUACCACUAUUUGGAAUCAUGUCAUCAGAUUCUGCAGAUCCUUUCUACUGGAUGAGGGUUAUUCUUGCAUCCAACAGAGGAACUUUAAUGGAAUUGGGUAUCUCCCCAAUUGUAACAUCUGGGUUGAUAAUGCAGUUGUUAGCUGGAGCCAAAAUCAUUGAGGUUGGAGAUACACCCAAAGAUAGAGCCCUAUUCAAUGGAGCCCAGAAACUAUUUGGUAUGAUCAUUACCAUUGGGCAAGCCAUUGUGUAUGUCAUGACGGGCAUGUACGGGGACCCCGCUGAAAUGGGUGCUGGCAUCUGUCUCCUCAUCAUCAUUCAGUUGUUUGUUGCUGGUUUGAUUGUGCUGCUGUUAGAUGAGCUGCUACAGAAGGGUUACGGCUUGGGGUCUGGGAUUUCCCUCUUUAUUGCCACCAACAUCUGUGAAACCAUUGUCUGGAAGGCCUUUAGUCCCACUACCAUUAACACUGGCAGAGGUACAGAGUUUGAGGGUGCAGUCAUAGCUCUCUUUCAUUUACUGGCCACCAGGACAGACAAAGUUCGAGCUCUAAGGGAGGCUUUCUAUCGUCAGAAUUUACCCAAUCUCAUGAACCUCAUUGCUACAGUUUUCGUGUUUGCUGUUGUUAUAUAUUUUCAGGGAUUUCGUGUUGACCUGCCCAUUAAGUCGGCCCGGUACCGAGGGCAGUACAGCAGCUACCCCAUCAAGCUCUUCUACACCUCCAACAUCCCCAUCAUCCUGCAGUCGGCCCUGGUAUCCAACCUGUAUGUUAUUUCCCAGAUGCUGUCGGUUCGAUUUAGUGGCAACUUUUUAGUAAAUUUACUAGGACAGUGGGCUGAUGUCAGUGGGGGAGGACCUGCUCGUUCUUACCCCGUGGGGGGUCUUUGUUACUAUCUUUCUCCUCCUGAGUCCAUGGGCGCCAUAUUUGAGGAUCCUGUCCAUGUGGUUGUUUAUAUCAUCUUUAUGCUGGGAUCAUGUGCAUUUUUUUCUAAGACGUGGAUAGAGGUGUCUGGUUCCUCAGCCAAAGAUGUAGCUAAACAGCUUAAAGAACAGCAAAUGGUAAUGAGGGGCCACAGGGAUACCUCCAUGGUUCAUGAGCUUAAUAGGUACAUCCCCACAGCGGCUGCGUUUGGGGGCUUGUGCAUCGGCGCCCUGUCGGUGUUGGCUGACUUCCUCGGGGCCAUCGGCUCUGGCACUGGAAUUCUGCUUGCUGUCACUAUUAUUUAUCAGUAUUUUGAAAUAUUUGUUAAGGAACAGGCUGAAGUUGGUGGGAUGGGUGCUUUGUUUUUCUAAAUGUUCCAAUAUUUCUUUCUUUGUGUGUGUGUGAAAGGGAAACUAUUUUGACACAUUUUUUUGGUCAGAUGAUGCCGGCUGCCCCUUUCUUCUCUCACAGUUUGUUUUCAAGUGCUUACCACCCCAUUCCUGAAACAGGCAAGAGCUAAAUAAGCCUGUGUGCAGCGUUAGUACCAGCUGCCUUAACACUGACGUUUACAUUAUUCAUUAAAAACCUACAUGCAGUGUUGCCUGUGAUGCUGGAACCUAGUGUACCCGCCUCGCCAUGUGCAGUUGUGACGGUGAGAUGGUGACGUGGAUCAGUUUUGCACACAACAUUCAAGACACUCAAUAUUCCCCCCACUUCUUUAAAAAUAAAUGUAGUUCAAAUUGCCA